AUGAAUGCCGAUCACCUCAGAGAGGCCUAUACCCUCAAAAAGCCAGUUUGUAGACGUUCUGACCGUGCGAGAUGUUCUCAACUGGUUAGUACUACUACUGACCCUAUAGCUACUGUUACCAGGAGUGAGCACUAUCACAUUGUGCCGGUGGAUUCAACUGACUUGUGUCAUGGAUAUCGAAAUGGAACUUGUUUCACUCUCGAGCAGCUUGUUCAAACAGACCUGUUAUCUGGUGGAGACAAUCUCACCUUGAGCUUUCUACCUGGAGAUCAUGUGUUAACUGAGCAGUUAUUGAUUCGUAACUUUAGACAUGUACACUUUACCAGCCGGAACAAAAGUACAACUGUAAUCAGAUUCUAUAGCAAUGGUACGAUACGUUUUGUUAAUAUUAUUGAAUUAAGUAUUGAAGGCUUGGAUUUCAUUGGAGUGAAUGUUGGAUCACAAAAUUCACAUCAAGGAUUGACCGUUGACAGUGCCCACGAUGUCUAUAUAAAUGGCUGCUACUAUACAAACUUUUUUGUAUUACUCAAUCAGGUGGAAAACCACAUAAAUACUCAAACUGCAACAAUUGAGAACACUUUCUUUGUGAACAACACUGCUCGGGCACUACACAUUGAGGCUGAUGACGUGUACAUAACAAAUAGUGGGUUCACUAGAAAUGGUGGAGGUGCAGUUUACAUUGAAUCAAAUAGCACACUGAUCAGCAACACAGAGUUCAACUAUAACAGUGCUGUGACUGGAGGAGCGGUAAAAGCGGUAUCGGGUACUGUAGUUAUCACUUGGUGUGGCUUCACAAAUAACGAAGCUUUUCGGUAUGGUGGAGCGAUUUAUGUUUACUCAAAUAAUGUAUCUAUCUCCGGCAGCAUACUGACAAACAAUAGAGCUGACUAUGGUGGAGCAAUUGAUGUUACCUCAGGUAGUUUGUCCAUCUCCGACAGCGAACUGACAAACAACAGUGCUGACUGGAAUGGUGGAGCGAUUGAUGUUACCUCAGGCAGUUUGUCCAUCUCUGACAGCAUUCUGACAAACAACAGAGCUGACUUAGGUGGAGCGAUUGAUGUUACCUCAAGCAGUUUGUCCAUUUUCGACAGCGAACUGACAAACAACAGAGCUGACUGGAGUGGUGGAGCGAUUGUUGUUUACUCAAGCAGUGUAUCUAUCUCCGACAGCACACUGACAAACAACAGAGCUGACUUUGAUGGAGCGAUUGAUGUUACCUCAAGCAGUUUGUCCAUAUCCGACAGCGAGCCGACAAACAACAGAGCUAACAGGAGUGGUGGAGCGAUUGUUGUUUACUCAAGCAGUGUAUCUAUCUCCGACAGCACACUAACAAACAACAGAGCUGACUUUGGUGGAGCAAUUGAUGUUACCUCAAGCAAUUUGUCCGUUUUCGAAAGCACGCUGACAAAUAAUAGAGCUGACGGGAGUGGUGGAGCGAUUCAUGGUAAUCUAGGCAGUACUAUGUCCAUCUGCAAAAGUACGCUAAAAAACAACACGGCUACUACCUUUGGAGGAGGGAUAUUUCUGAGAGACAGUACACUCUUUGUAAAUGAGCCAAUAAAGAUAUAUCACAACACAGCACUGAAUGGUGGAGGCGUUUAUGUUUAUUCAAGCAGAAUCGAGUUUCAAUCUGUGUUACCAAUGUGUUUAGGUAUACAAAUACACAAAGUGAGAUUGUUGGCAACAUUGCUGAGAAUGGUGGAGGCAUUUAUGCAGUAGCUACAACCAUUAAACUAACUCGUUCACACGUUAACAUCUACUCAAAUACAGCAACUGUUAGUGGAGGUGGAGUGUUUCUACGGCAAAGCUCGAGCUUGUACUUAUAUAAAAAAGACAAUGAAUAUGAGGCUCAGAAUAUAUUUGUCACGUUAAUGUUUAACAACAACUUGGCUCAGUACGGAGGGGGAAUAUUUGUGGCGGAUGACACGGAUAGGAGUGCGUGUGGAGGAGGAGUUAUAGAAACUGGUGCUACUCAAACCAUUUUUGCUGAAUGCUUUUUUCAAACAAUUAAAUUGUAUAAUUAUGGCUACGGAUUCGCAAACCAUUUCAACACGUUCAUGACUAACAACACGGCUACCCAGUCAGGAGCAGACAUCUACGGAGGUCUGUUGGACAGGUGUACAGUAAGUCAAAAUGCUGAAUAUUACUUUUCUUUAAAUGGGUUAGACUACAUAAAUAACACCAUAGAAUUCUCCACCGAAUUAUCAAUCUCUUCUAGGCCUGUGCAAGUAAUUUUUUGUAAAUAUUCACAAAGCGACAUUGUUUUUACAAGAAAGGGACACACGUUUAAAAUCAGUGUUAUGGCUGUUGACCAAGUUGGAAAUCCAGUGAAUGCUAGAAUUCGCAGUUCUGUUGUCAGUGAGAGUGGUGUUGGUCGUCUCAAAGAAGGACAGGCAAAACAAGAAGUUGGCAAUCAGUGCACAGAAUUAGAGUACAAUGUAUUCACACAAGACAGCUCUGCUCAAGUGGAACUCUAUGCCGAGGGUCCAUGCAUCAAUUUGGGAAUUUCAAGACAAUUUAUAAAUAUUUA